CUCUCAGAGUGACAGCCCACAAGGCACGCCUGUCCCGUGCGCCGCCGCGUUCCCACUCCCGGCCUAAGCCCAGCUAGGCCCAUCUCAGUUUUCUGCGAAGCCGUUCCGGUCCGCACCGUGAGGACUCCCCACUACGCCCCGCCCCGCUCAGUGCGACGCAGUGCUGGGCCCCGCCUCUCCCUGCGUGGUCCGGCCCUGCCUGAGCGCUCUGGCUUCUGGGCCCCGCCGGGCCUGCCACACCCAGCGCCCGGCGCGCCCGCCCCGCAGGCCCCGACCCUACCCCGCCUCUGGACCGUCCACCGUGGUGCCUCCGGGUCGCGCCAAGCUCUCGGGCCCGCGUCCGAAGACGUGGAGUGCCGCUGCGGCCGCAAGUUUGUGAAAGAUGAAAGUGACCUUAUCAGCUUUGGAUACUUGUGAGAGUUCCUUCACACCUUUGGUCGUCCUAGAACUGGCUCAGGAUGUCAAAGAAGAAACCAAAGAAUGGCUGAAGAAUAGAAUUAUCUCUAAAAAGGAAGAUGGAGGUGCCCAGCUCCUGUUUAGACCACUAUUAAAUAAAUAUGAGAAAGAAACACUAGAAAAUCAGAACUUAUAUCUUGUUGGUGCCUCCAAGAUUACAUUGUUACUGGGUGCAGAAGCAAUAGGUUUGGUAAAAGAGUGUAAUGAUAACACUAUGAGAGCCUUCACAUAUGGAACCCGACAUAACUUCAAAGGUUUUGAUGAUGACAAUGAUGACUUCCUUACAAUGGCAGAAGGUCAAUUCAUUAUCAAACAUGAACUUGAAAAUCUUAGAGCCAGAGAUGAAAAGAUGAUCCCUGGUUACCCCCAGGCAAAGUUGUAUCCAGGAAAAUCAUUAUUGAGAAGAUUGCUUACCUCUGGCAUCGUGAUUCAGGUGUUCCCACUGCAUGAUAAUGAAGCCCUAAAGAAGCUGGAGGACAGCUGGUACACCCGGUUGGCUUUGAAGUAUCAGCCCUUAGACCGUAUUCGUGACUACUUUGGGGAAACAAUCGCUCUUUACUUUGGAUUUUUGGAAUAUUUCACUGUUGCCUUAAUCCCUAUGGCAGUCAUUGGGUUACCUUACUAUUUGUUUGUGUGGGAAGACUAUGACAAGUAUGUGAUCUUCGCCUCCUUCAACCUGAUCUGGUCCACAGUGAUCCUGGAAGUGUGGAAGCGUGGCUGUGCCAAUAUGACCUACAGGUGGGGGACACUUGUCAUGAAGAGACAGUUUGAGGAGCCCCGGCCAGGAUUCCAUGGGGUCCUGGGUAUCAAUCUUGUCACUGGUAGGGAGGAACCUCUCUACUCCAGCUACAAGAGGCAGUUGCGCAUUUACCUGGUCUCUCUGCCCUUUGUAUGCCUCUGUCUCUAUUUCUCCCUGUAUGUCAUGAUGAUUUACUUUGACAUGGAGGCCUGGGCCUUGAGUCUACAUGAGAGCAGUGGAUCCGAGUGGACCAGUGUCCUGUUGUAUGUGCCCAGCAUCAUCUAUGCCAUUGUGAUUGAGAUCAUGAACCGCCUCUAUCGAUACGCUGCCGAGUUUCUAACUUCAUGGGAGAACCACAGAUUGGAAUCUGCCUACCAGAAUCAUCUAAUUCUGAAAGUUUUAGUGUUCAACUUUCUGAAUUGCUUUGCCUCGCUUUUUUACAUUGCCUUUGUCUUGAGGGAUAUGAAGCUGUUGCGUCAGAGCUUGGCCACUCUCCUCAUUACCUCCCAGAUCCUUAACCAAAUUAUGGAAUCUUUUCUUCCUUACUGGCUCCAAAAGAAGCACCAUGUGCAGGUGAAGAGGAAGGUGCAGGCGUUAAAAGCGGACAUCGAUGCUACAUUAUAUGAACAAGUUGUCCUGGAGAAAGAAAUGGGAACCUACUUGGGCACCUUUGAUGAUUACUUGGAAUUAUUCCUUCAGUUUGGUUACGUGAGCCUUUUCUCCUGCGUUUACCCAUUAGCAGCUGCCUUUGCUGUGUUGAAUAACUUCACUGAAGUUAAUUCAGAUGCCUUAAAAAUGUGCAGAGUCCUCAAACGGCCAUUCUCAGAACCUUCAGCCAAUAUUGGUGUAUGGCAGUUGGCUUUUGAAACAAUGAGUGUCGUAUCUGUGGUCACCAACUGUGCUCUCAUUGGAAUGUCACCACAAGUGAACGCCCUCUUCCCAGAGUCAAAAUUGGACCUCAUUUUGAUUGUAGUAGCAGUGGAGCAUGCACUCCUGGCUUUAAAGUUUAUACUUGCAUUUGCCAUACCUGAUAAACCACAGCAUAUCCAGAUGAAACUGGCCAGAUUGGAGUUUGAGUCUUUGGAGGCACUCAAGCGGCAGCAAAUGAAGCUCAUGGCCCAGAACCUGAAGGAGGAAUCAAGGGAAGCCAAUAAGGAGGAGGAGGCCUGAGCGCCCGCCCGGGGCCGCCCUGAGCGAGGGCAGAGGGGCACCUGGAGCAACGCGGUGGCCCCUGAACCCAGACCCGGUGCUGCGCAGCCAGCACCCUGCCCCCCUCUGCGGUGUCCCAGUGAGGGCCGGCGGGGAGGACAGCCGAGACCCAGCCCCUGCCAGGCCCCCACCCCGCUGGCUCCUGCCUUCCUGUCCCUGCCCAGGCCCCCCCAGCACCCCCCCAUGCAGCAGCCCGACCGUGGGGGCUGGGCGGCGGGUCAGGCCGAGCGCCCCCGGCACCACCACCACCAGCGGGGCCGGUCUGUGGGGGUUCGGGCCCGGGGAAGGGGGGCGAGGCAGUGUUUCCAGCCCCCGGACAGCUCUAAACACCUCUUGCCUGGUUCUGUUCUGCAGUAUGUUAACAGACCCUUUCUCAACAAAAGCCGUAGUAACUGAGCGAUUAAAGGCAACACGUA